CAGUUGACAUCGGCGCCAUUCAAAGAAUGGACAUGUUGCAAGGCAAAAAAGUGAUGUCCAAAGAUGGCAGCCUGCACCCAAUCAAGUACGUGUUGAAAAACAAGCGAAUACUCGUGUACCUGUUCACGGCCUCCUUUGUCAAUCGGCCGGAGUUCUUGCAGAAGCUCAGGAUGGUUUACCAGGAGAAUUUGAAAAGAAAUGCAGGCAUGGAGGUGGUUUAUGUGUCAUCGGACACCGAUGAGAAGAACUACAAGUACGACUUCACCAUCAGACAGGGCCCCUGGUUGGCUGUUCCGUUCAAGGACCCAGUUGCUAUUGAACUCAGAUACAAAUACGACAUCAGCAGCUUACCGACCGUGAUUGUGGUAAACAAGGAAGGCGAUAUUAUCACGAGAAGCGGCAGAGAAGAGCUGGAAGAGAUCGGCAUCAAUGUUAUAGUCACUUGGACAGAAUACAUUCAACAAUAAAUGCAAAAUCGGGUUUUGUAAUGAAAAA